AUGUGUGACAUGGGGGGCCUGGAAAACCUGGUGGCCAACACGGCCUACCUGAAAGCCCAGGCCGGCGACCACAAGGAGAUGCGGCGCCGGAGGCGUAGCCUGGCACUCCCCAAGCCCGAGCAGUGCUCCGCCUUGCGCUUCUCCGUUGGCAACGACUUUGAGGCGCUGUGCCAGCAGCAGCCCAUCGGCAAGAGGCUUUUCCGCCAGUUCCUGCGAGACGCCGCCGUGCCCGAGUACUUGGCCGCUGUCGAGUUCCUGGACGAGCUCGCCGGCUGGGAACUAGCCGAGGCCGGAACCAAAGACAAGGCCCGGCAGAACAUCAUCAACCGGUUCUGCAAGGCCGACUCCAAUAGCUUCCUGACCUUCCUGACAGGUGGCGUGGCAGAGAGAUGCAAGGUUGUCACAGAGAAGGACUUCGAGGAGGUAGUGAAGGGGCAGGUGAGGGACGCCACUAGGGACUUCCUUAGGGGAAACCCCUUCACCGAGUACCAGAACAGCCCGUACUUUGACAAGUUCCUACAGUGGAAGCAGUAUGAGAAGCUGCCAAUCAAUGAGAAAUACUUCUACGAGUUCAGGACCCUAGGCAAAGGAGGCUUUGGAGAGGUGUGCGCCGUGCAGGUGAAGAAUACGGGCCAGAUGUACGCCUGUAAGAAGCUGGACAAGAAGCGGCUGAAGCAGGAAGCCGGGGAGAAGAUGGCCCUGGUGGAGAAGCAGAUCCUGGAGAAGAUCAACAGCCCAUUCCUGGUCAACCUGGCUUACGCCUACGACACACCCGACCACCUGUGCCUGGUCAUGACCCUCAUGACUGGCGGCGACCUCAAGUACCACAUCUACGACGUGGGCGAGCGUGGCAUCGAGAUGGAUCGCGUGGUGUAUUACACGGCACAGAUCGCCACUGGCCUCCUGCACCUGCACGCCAUGAACAUCGUCUACCGUGACAUGAAGCCGGAGAACGUGCUGCUGGACAGCCAAGGCCAGUGCCGGCUCUCAGACCUGGGACUGGCGGUGGAACUGCCCAAUGGGAAGAUUAUCUGCCAAAAGGCUGGCACAAGUGGCUACAUGGCCCCAGAGAUCCUGAAGAUGGAGCCGUACCGCAUGUCAGUGGACUGGUGGGCCCUGGGCUGCAGCAUCUACGAGAUGGUGGCCGGCCGCCUGCCCUUCAAAGACUACAAGGAGAAGGUCCAGAGAGACGAGGUGGCCAGGCGUACCUUCGAAGACGAGUGCAAGUACACACACAAGAACUUUGAUGCUCUCACCAAGAAGAUCAUCAACCUGUUCCUGAAGAAGAGAAUCAUUGAUCGGCUCGGAUGCAAUGGCGACGACCCCCGGAAACACGAGUGGUUCAAGUCCAUCAACUUCGCCCGUCUGGAGGCGGGCCUCAUCGAGCCCCCCUGGACACCCAAGCCCAACGUGGUCUACGCCAAAGACACAGGCGACAUCCGCGACUUCUCCGAGGUCAGGGGCAACAUUAACUUUGAUGCCGUCGACCAGAAGUUCUUCAAGGUGUUUAGCACAGGGGCGGUGUCCAUCCCUUGGCAACAAGAGAUGAUUGACAGCGGGCUCUUUGAAGAGCUGAAUGACCCCAGCAGGGUGGAGUCGUCCUCAGCACUGGUCACUGCGGAAGAGAAGAAGUCCAAAUCCUGCACACUGCUCUAAGCGUGGCCAGAUAUCAACACAGCACUCAUCUCCUUCUUUUCAAACAUCAAGGGUAAUGUGCACUUUGACCUUCAAGUCAAUAUUACAGUACACAAUUAAAUCUUAAUAUACUAUUAGAAUACCUGUAGUUAAGUAUUACAAUGUCUAUCAAUCAUACAUAGUUACUUCUAGUUAAACAUGGUUUUUCAUCCCGGAAAAUCUGAAUUGAUCUUGUAUUUAGAAAAAUAUGCAGAUGGGGGUGAAAGAACAAAACAGAUUUUCACAGAUUUUUAGAUAGCUCUUUAGUCUGUAUAUUAAUGCCUUAUCAUCGGUAUUUCUCAAUACAGAAUUCUAUUCUAUUUCAUUUUAUUACAGUCCAAUUACCCUGUGUCAAAACAUGUUCAAAUAGAAGAGUGGCCCUCUUCGCAGCCUUACUUUCUCUGUCUUAAUGAGGCUUCUCUAUCAGCCUCGACUACAAUGUUGCAGGUGAUAGUGGCUGUAGUAUCUACUCACCACCACAAGGUGUCAGUAGGUACCCAUUAGAGUUUCAACUCUCCCCUGUCAUCAGCUCCUCACCAACUGCCUUUCCACAGACUUGAACCUGCAGGAUAAAACCUUUCCCUAGCUUUGCUUUGUGGCAUAUCAUACAUGGAAAGUUAACCUCUAUGUUAAUUGGUAUUCCUGAAGUGCAAUAUGUGUAUGAGUGUAAGGAUGCCUAAGAGAACCCAAUAGUACUUAUACCAUUACCACUGUCCACCCUCAUCAUCAUCAAACCUUCACUCUGUCUUCUGCCUAACUGUUGAGCUGACUAGUGUAGGGCAUUUCAGCUCAUUACUUUAUAGUUGUGGAUAGAGACUUUAAUGGUCCUGUAAUCAAUCUGGGCAACUAUUUCUGAUGCCUUUUGUUCUGUUCAAAUGAUAAACUAAAAAUGACAGUGAUGUGUGAAGCAUUUGAUUUUUAUUUAUCUACAAUGGCAAAGAACUUUUUCAGGAAAGGAAACGUUUGUGAUUGAUGGUUAUAAUAUGAUCAUUUUUGUCACAUCUUAAAUGUUGUGUGCCCUGUACUGUAUGUGUGUCACUUAUUUACCAGAUGUGGUCACCCAAAAACCUUACUGUUGUUUUGUGCCUGUAAGUUUUAUAGUGUCGCUUUUACAAAUCAUUUGAAGUGGAGCUGUACACGUGCUGUACGCACACAUGAAUGCACUGUGCCUCGCUACAUACAGAUAAUGGGUGAAAAGCAUUUUUCAAAGGCAGUCUGGACAAAAAGGCUAUACAAGUGUACAAGUAUAGAAGCUUUACAGGAAUGUCCAAGUGUUCCGUUUGUUUCUUUUAUUUUGUUUUGUUUGUGUUUUGUAUGGCAGCUUGAAAAAUACCAACCAGUGGUGGCUUUGUACUGGUGGCAACAGAGCAUUAGAAAACCAUUACAUCUGUAAGAAAUGAAAUUAUGUGUAGCUACUCAAUACUGACAGCUGACAAUUUGACGAUUGUGAAUUGUAUAUUGCUACCAGGGACAUAGCUAUGCUGCUGAGUGCUGACCCUGUAUCUCACCGCUGCUGCUUAUCUCUAUCUAUGUACUGUACUUUCUGUUUUUAUCUAUUGGUGAGAACGAAGACAAUUUUCGUGCAAGUCUAUUCUAUUCUAUUAAAACACUUGUAUUUUGUUGCCACUGUAAGUGUUAACUGCUGUAGCUUAAAUCUAAGAUUUGAGUCUAAUCUAGCAAUCAUUCAUUAUUUCAUUAAUUCACAUUAAAUGACUGUAUGUAUAAUGUAGCAUUCUUUCAAGUAUGUGAAAUAAGGAAAUUCAUAUUCCAAAUGUGAACCUGUCUGUCAUUUCUCUUUGUUUGUUUGUUUGUUUGUACUUGCCUUAUUUUUACUCUAAUUAGAGAGGUAUAGUCCUCAGCACAUCUCUGCAUUUCUUUACACUGUGACUAUGUAAUUACUUUUGUUCUUUUAUGUGUGUGUGUGU